AUGGCUACAGGAGGAAUGUACGGCGCCAUCGAGCCCUUCUCGGGAAAGUCCUGGGCGUCAUGGAUCCAGCGCGUCAACUUCUACUUUGUGGCGAACGACAUCAGCAACGAAGAGAAGAAACGGGCCUUCCUCCUCACGCUAUGCGGCGCGGACACCUUCGAGACUGCGUGUGCGCUGGUCGCGCCGAAAACCCCUGGAGAGGUCAGCUUCAGCGAGCUGGUCGCACUUCUCCAGCGGCAUUUCGAUCCAAGACCAUCGGAGCUUUACGGCCGUUACGUGUUCCAGCGACGAGACCAAAACCCCGGCGAAUCGAUAAGCAGCUAUGUCGCAGCCCUCAAGAAUUUGACAGUGGACUGCUACUUCGGUGUGCUAGCGGCUACGCCUGCAACAUCGACAUCGUCAGGGGGAAGUCAAGAGCCCGUUUCACAACGGAACCCAACAAUGCUGCCACAGGACGUAAUGCUGCGAGACAGAUUCGUUUGCGGCAUCCGCGACGAACAUCUCCAACAGCGCCUCUUUGCAGAAAAGGAGCUGUCCUUCCAACGUGCUUUGGAUAUAGCCCUAUCAGCGGAGAGUGCGUCAAGGCAGCAGCGGGGAAUCAAAGCAGCAACGAACUCCGGAGAGAUCAACAAGGUUACUCCCAACAAGCAAGAAAACAAAAAAACGCCUUCCCGACGCCGUUGCUACCGAUGUGAUGGCUGGCACGACCCUUCGACGUGCAAAUUCAAAACAGCAGAGUGCCGUUUUUGCGCCAAAGUGGGCCAUAUCGGAGACGCCUGUAUUGCACGCAAGAAGCAAGAAAAGGAAGUACGCGCAAACAUCAGGCAACAAACGCACAGUGUCAACCCACUACCGUAUGAUGAAACUGUAAGCAGUGAUUCCACGUACGAGCUGCAUGCAGUAAAUGGGCGCACACACUGCCCCAAGUUCCUGGUAGACGUAGAAGUAGAGCGAAAAUCUCUGCAAUUUGAAGUGGACACGGGUGCCGCACGCUCUCUGAUAAGCGAGGAGACCUACCACAAAGCGCGGCCAAGGAACGCCCCCCAACUUUCAAGCGAGCCACUCGACUUGCGCACUUGGUCGGGAGAACUGCGUGUUCUGGGAACCGCACAUGUUCGGGUGAAGUUUAAGUCAGACGAUUGCGUGCUACCGUUGCUGGUGAUGAAAGGAGCGAGAUGCAACCUCUUGGGACGGGACUGGUUCGCGCCUCUCCAUAUCCAGGUCCACGGAAUCAACCAUUUGGAACAUCCAACAGAUGAGAUCAGGGAAGUCAUCUCUCGACACCCAGACGUGUUCAGAGAGGACAUUAACGGCUACAGAGGCCCCUUGAUUCACCUGGAAUUGGAAGAAGACGCAAGCCCCAAGUUUUGUAAGGCUCGUCCUGUGCCUCUUGCCCUGCAAGGGCCUAUGGAAGAUGAACUUGAUCGCCUGCAACAUCAGGGCAUCCUCUCACCGAUACAGCAUUCCAACUGGGCGACACCGCUGGUCCUCGUUCGGAAAAAUGAUGGAACAUUGCGUGUGUGGUGA